AUGACGAACCGUUCAGAGAGCACUUCGACCACCAAGAACGACGGCCAUAAGUGCAGGCUGUUCGUGGGCAACCUGCCGAAGGUAAAGACGGAAGAGGAGAUAUUCAACGAAGUGAGCCGCAUAACGCGCGGUCAUCUGGUGCGUGUGAUCACGUACAAGAACUUCCACAACCCAUUGAUGCACCGGGGCUUCUGCUUCCUGGACUACGGGUCGGUGGCCGCGGCUACGGAUGCCAAGCGGGUACUGUCGAAGCAAAAGAUGUUCGGGUGCAAGACGAUCGUGGACUGGGCGGACCCGGAACCGCAGGUGGACGCGGACACGAUGGCCACAGUGCGCAUACUGUUCGUCAAGCAGUACGGCGGUAUGCUGAACAAGCGCGUGCUUGCCAAGAUGUUUGGCCGGUACGGGGUCGUGGAGCGCGUGAAGAACCUGAAGCACUACGCGUUCGUGCACUUUGAGCGGCGCGAGGACGCGCAGUCGGCCAUGGACGCGCUGGACUGUUCCAGGGACGCGGCUUCGGGCGUGCUCCUAGACGUCGCGUGGGCCAAGCCGCCGGCGGACAAGCAAACGCGGCAGCGGAUGUUGCGUAACCGGGAACGCCGGUUACGGAAAUCCGCGGUCGCGGCCAUGAGUCAACCGGUUCGCUACGCCCCGCGGCCACCGUGCCGCAUUCCCGGAGCCAAAAGACGCGUCGGCCUCGCUCCCACCCCCGCCGCCGCAGAGUACACCAAGUACGACCAUUACGUUUACGACUUCGGACCGCAGCAACCGUGCAACCGGUGCACACCCGCCUCUGCGGUGAGAAUUCCCGUGGCCGAGGCCAGGUCCGACGAGCGCAACAGCGACAGUGCACGCCGGUGCCGCUUCAACGUCGCGCGCGCGGACCAGUUCAGAGCGUUCCGUCACGAUGAUGGUGAUUGGAAGAAGAAGGGUUGCAGAAAAUUGACCAUGAAUCAUUGA